AUGCGGUCUCGUCGACAGGCCGUCUCGGACACGGUCGGCACGCUCAGCAUGGAUCCAUGGAAUGAUGAUCGAGUGCGUGACUUUGUUGCCAUCAACACAAUUCAGCGGCUGCGCGCGUACCACUUGCCGACCAGCGCGCCGAUGCCCGUGAUCGAUGAAGUGAACACGGCGCGUGCGCUGAACCUCAUACUGCUGCCGAGGGCCGAUCCCGACUACCGACCCUGUCUCGGCGAGCAGCCUCCGUCGCGCACACAGCUGCGUGCACGGCGGCGCGCAACGGCGAGACAGGAGAGGCGAGAGCGUCGCCAAAGGCAGCAGGAAGGUGCAGGUCGGGGCGGGCAAGGCGGCUGCUCGCCAGAGUCCCCUUCGACCACCGCGUCGACCUCCUCCAGCUCCGACGAUGGCAGCAACGUCGACGACGAUACAGCCAUAGAGCACGGCGCCACCUUAUCAAUGACGAACUCCUCAUUUUCUACGGACAUUGCCACUCCCACUAAGCCCGCAAGGCCGCGCUCCCCGGUUGCUUCCGGUGCCGCCCCAUCCAGGCAGUGCGCCAUCGACCGCGCGCGCUCCCUUUUCUUCGGCGCGUUGUCUUUCACCUCCUCGACAUCGCCGCGACGGCUGGUGAACUCACCCCAUGCUCCGCUGACGCCGUCGAUAGCGUCCACGACAACGAUCGCAGGCCGGUCGUCUAUGCAUGUCCCCCGCUCUCCCAAAGAAGCGUUUCUCAGCACGACAGCCAGUCCUCUUUCGUCAGACGCGAGGGCGGGCCAGCGCCGAGCUGGAAGGGAAGUAGCUGCUGCGGCUACGGAAGAGGGCUUGGUGACGGCCAUGCCCACUGCCCCUCCUGCACUGUCGGCUACCAGGUCACUUGGCAUGGAACUGGACGCGUACAUCGAGGCCAACAGCACUCCACUGCGUCCGCCGCCGCCGAUGCGGUAUGUCGGUGUUUCUGCUGAAGCGCAGACACCCGUCUCUGCGGAGGCAAAUGCAAGCGAGUCGGACGUGUCGGCGAACAGCUCCGCCGUGGUUGGGUCCCAUGACGCAUCUAAGUCGGAAGCCGAUGCGCUGUGCGAGAGCACUCCUACUAAGACGACGCCGGCUGCUGCUCGACCACCUUCUCCGAGACUGGUGAGAGCCGAAGGGGGCAGGACGACAACUCCGCCCCCUAGUCAUGGCGGCGGCGGCCGCCGCAGCAGCUCCACAGAUAUUAUGCAUACAUGCGACGUCUGCGACGCCAUCAUCCAGUACUAUCAAUCAAUGUUGACGCGAGGUGUUGUGCUCGACCGCUACAACCACAAGGAUCUCGCCUUUGUGUGGUGGGUUCUGGGGCGAAACAUGGACGUCGCCGCCCUCGAAAAUCGCGGCCCGAUGCGGCGCGAGGCACUCAUGAUCACCCUGCGAAACUUCUACUACACGCUGCUGACGGCAGAGGAGGCCAGAGCGAAGGUAGCGGCGGGUGAGGCGGAGAAGAGCCACGCCGAGAAAAAGGAGCUAGCGGGAACCGGUGUCCCCGCUGCAUCAGCGGCUCCCGGCGUCCAAAUGACUUUGCCACGGUCAGCUGAUGCAGCGGCUACUGGAGACCAGCAAGCCGAGGCCGCGGACACGGAGGAGCACUCGAGGUGUACGAGCGGCAAGGCCGCGGAAAGCAGUGACAACACCGCUGAUGCACUUGCUGAUGCAUCUGUGCUUAGGCGAUCCCCUCGCGCACGCUCUCGCGGCUCUCACACGGCCAGCGCGAGCGCCGCUUCUGCAGCUUCAGGUCGACAGAGGGACUCCCUAAGAGCAGCACGGACAGCGAGCGGCACCGCGGCGUUGAAGCGGAGUCGGCUUGAUACGCCCCUUGUAUCCUCCGGCAGUGAUGACGAGGAGCGGGACGACGAACAUCUUGUCGAAGAGGACGUGGGCGACGGUGCUGAUGAGCAGGAACGGUUGUCGGUGACGCCGUCGCGAGGGAGGACCAGCGUCCCAUCGCCUCACAAGAAGUUGCCCCACAAAGAGGGCACCACACUGACGGCAAGGCGUCGCGCAGUGGCUGAUGGUGCUCUUGGCAGCAGUAGCAGCGCAACAGGAAAAGGUAUCGCUGCCGCUCUGCUCGCGGAGGAUGAGGAGACGGUGAUGGAUGUCGUAGCUGAGGGCGUCGACGAUGCGCUUGACAAGGAGGCUGAUACGCUUCACUCGCAGACGGAGAGCAGCGUCGUGUCACGUGCCGGUAGCGUAGCGCAGAGCAGCACUGGCGAGAUUUGCCGCCAUCACCGCCGCGCUGCCGAGCGCAGCAAGGCUGUCGAGGAGACGUGGGUCUCUACACGAACCGGAAGGCGUGCUGCGGCCGUCAAGGCAGCCGCGCAGUUGGUGCACCAAGGCGCUGCCGAUGCCAUGGCGCACCGAAAAUCGACUAAAGCGGUCCCCUUCACCAACGCAUCGGGGACGUCGAGGACGGCAGCGUCCAAGACGUUGAAGCAAGAGGCUUCCACCACCGCCGCGGCGAAGGACGCAGGUGCAACGGCAGUUGCGGUGAUACCGUCGGCGCCCGCCGGCGGCAGUGCCACAUCCAAGCUGCAGCCGAAGAGGCGCACCGGUUCGAAGCGGGCACGUAGCCCCAGCCGCGAAACCUCCCCAGGCGAAGGUCAUCGAGGCCGCAGCAGCGACAGCGGCGGUGACAGCGACAUGGAGCUCACAAAGGCGGAAGCGAAAGGGAGUAACACCGAAGCGCCACGCAUGGUGUCACGCGUGAGCGCGAGUAAGAGCAAGAGCCGAGCGGCGGUUUUCACGAAGGCUUCUGCGGUGAAGGCAGAGAGGGUGACGCCGAUUGUCCAUCCUCUUUCUGGCAAGCCUACCGCCCCUCCCUUCGAUGCCCCCACCACCACUAUUCCUGGCAGUGUUGCGGCGGCAGCGACUGCCUCAAAGAAAGGCGGUCGCGGUGAGGAGCAUCGGGGGCGCCCUCGUGGUAGCUUCAAGAUACCGCGCGUCGACUCCUCGGCGAGGGAGGACCAGGGGAACAGCUUGCUUGCGAGUGUCACGCUAAGCAGCCAGCGCAGGCGUGAUGGCGGGGCGUGUUCCACCGCCGUCUUCACGGGGACUUCGUUGGAGACAGCUGCUCCUCACCAGCGCUCCGAUGCGGUGAGCAUGGCUGUGGCCCCUUCAUCCUCUUCUGCGCCGUCGAAGGCUAGCGAGGAUGCAGUCCCGCUCAAGUUCCCUGUGUACGAGAUGCCGCUGCGCCUGACACCGGACCAGCGCGCCGUGCGCUCGCGCAUUCAGCAACGCAUGGGUGUACCUCUGCCGGCACCGCCACCACGCAGUUCCGCUGGCUCCAUUUCCUACGACUCCGGCAUCGACGCGCAGUGGGCCACGGUGUACUCAUCCUACACCUUCCUCCUCUCCUCCUUUAGAACGGCAACAUGGACGCGAAUCAGUCAGGGCGGCGGCGGCCACGAGCGGCGGGCGAUCACCGCCCCCGUGCUCUGGUACGGGCAGGCCAUCUCACCUGUCGUGGCAGGUAGAUUGACAUCCACCAGCAGUAGUGGUGCCGACCACAGCAGACAAGUAAGGGAAAAAGCAUUAGCGGCGAUGCUCAGCGAGGACGCUCUGGUUAACGGCGGCGCGCCCUCCGGUGCCGCCGCCAUCGCCACAGCAGCUGGCACCCUCACGAGGCAGCGUGGCCGAAAACGCAGGAUCGAGGGCGGCGUUGAUCCGAGCUUGCGUGGUAACGUUCUCAGGCAUGACCAGGUCGCCCUGGAGCGACUGGUGAAAGAGCGAGUAGUGCAGGUGGCAGAGUUGCGGCAGGCUGCCGUGUCUCGUACCGUUGAAAGGGGGCAAGGAAAGUGUCGCGCUUCGGGGUCAGGCACUGCUCAGGUGAAACAAGAACCGCGCAGCGGCAGCGAAGAAGAAGAAAAGCAGGACGAUGAGGUGCAUGUGCUGAGGGCGAAGCCUGCUGUCGGCUUACCAAUGUCGCCCACUGGCGUUUCUCCCGCUGUAGCAGCUACGACACCAUUGGACCCGGCGAAGAGGGCAGGCGAAGGCGCAGAUGCCACUGCGGAGGAGGCGCUUGCGCCUGAGCAGCGCCGGGACAACUCAGCGCAGCUCCCGCUGUUGCCACAGGCGUCCGCUUUUGGCGACCUGCCGUAUGCUCAGCAGUGUCUUCUGGUGUGGUCCGCCGCAGGUUUGCUGGAGCGGCACAUACAUCGGCUCCAGAUGGAAGAUGCACGACGCGAGCGCCUCCUGGCGCGGUGCGGCCGCAUGGCUACUCGACGGAUGGCUGCCCGUGUUGCUGCCGUCAUCCAGGGUGGCAUUGCAGACGGGAAUGCAUGCGACAAUGCCGAGGAUGCCGCCGCGCAACUGGCCGGCGAGCUCCGAGGAGGUGACGAGGACCGCGAUAGCGGUGCGAGCAGAGAGGACAGCGAUGCGCCCGAGGAGAGAACACGCAGCCGCAUUCUUGGGCUGCCGAGCGGGACGUCACGCAAGGCCGAUGUCGAGGAGCACAUCGACCGCCUUGAGCACUUGAGCGGUCGAUCUGCGUCUUUGCGUUCCCCCUCUGCCAUCUCGUCGUCCGCUUCCUCGGAGGUGCGCUUCCACAAGUCCAUGCGCCCGCUACCGCGCCGCGUCUAUGACUACUGGGCUGCCUAUCGUCGCGCCGGUGACAGCGGGUGA